AUGACUAUCAUCGGAAGAUUAGCUUGCCAAAACAACUCAUUUCUUAGAGACAUCGAAACUCAGGUAGUUUCCCAAACUCCGUGCCAAGAUGCCACGAACGAAUUGCCACCAGAUAGGAGGGGACUGAUAGGAGAAAAUCAGCUUUACCUGGUAGAACUAGAAGACACAGUGUUGUUCCCAGAGGGCGGGGGUCAACCAAGUGACACUGGCAUUGUAGCUUCUGAGGACCACUCAUUUGAUGUCAUUUAUGUGGGAAGAAACGGUUUGAAUGCUGUCCAUUAUGUAAUCGCACCCGGAGACUUGCCAUUAAAAGUGGGUGAUAACGUUGUUGUGUCGGUCAAUUGGGAGUCAAGAUGGGAUCAUAUGCAGCAGCAUACAGGCCAACAUCUCUUGAGUGCCCUUUUGAAGAUCCAUUUCGACGUCCCUACCCUUGGUUGGGGAAUGGGAACUGGUGACACUGUAUUGAACUACGUUGAAAUCCCCAGGAAAUUAGAAGAUUUUGAAAUCGAACAACUAAAUUUGCAGAUCAAAGCGACCAUCAACCAGAAUUUGCCAAUUUCUGUCGUUGAGCAUGACGAAAUUCACGAAGAAAAGGGAUCCAUGAGAGAUAUUCGUAUUGGACAUCUGGACAACAAUUCAUGUUGUGGAACUCACCUGCAAUCUUCUUUACAAAUUAAAAACGUGAUUGCGUUGAAUCAAAUUUCUGGAAAGAAGACUAAUACGAGAUUACAGUUCAUUGUCGGUGAUAGAGUCAAUGAUUUUGUGAGCCAGAGUUUUAGUAUUCUGAAAAAUUUGAGGAACCAACUUUCAUGUCCGGAUGAAUUAAUACCGGAAAAGGUUGCCCAGUUGAACAGUUCUAUCAAAGCCUCAAAUACUACAGAGAAGAAAAUGCUGAAAGAAUUGGCUGAAAUCAAAGCUCAGGAGAUUGUGGCAUCUCCCUCUAAGAUCAUAUUUGUAGACUCAGAGUUCUCCAAUGAUUUUACCAGCAACAUUUUCAAACUGUCAAACAAAGCCAUCAAGGAUAAAACUGUUAUUUUGUUAUCUGGAAAAAAUCAAGGAUCUUUGAUUGUUUAUGGUGAAAACGUCAAAGAUACCACGGAUGGAAUUUCUUCUGUUUUGGAGAAGAGUGUUUUAAAAGGGGGAGGAAGCCCGUCCAAGUACCAAGGAAAGAUUCAGUUUGAAAAGAAUGAAAGAAACAAGCUGGUCAAGUACCUAGAAACAAUCAGUUCUCAUUAA